AUGCUCAUUCUCCGGUCCCCCAACCCAAACAUCACACCGGCGCUGCUCUGGAUGGUCCUGCUGGGGAUCGGUGUCAGCGGGGAAGGACAAGAGAAAGUCCUCCCCACCCCCUCCUCCUCUGCCUCCCCUCCCGAGGGUCCGGGGGGGACCAGGGAGGGUCCCCGGGGCCCUGGCGCCGGCGUGAUGGCCGGGGGUCUCAUCCACUCCGUGCUGGCCCACCGGGACAAGCUGCUCCCCCGCGCCGCCGAGCGGGGCCUGGUCGUGCCCUCCGCUCUGCCCCAGCACCUGCUGCCUCUCCUGGGGAGGGGGCUGAGCGGGGCCUCCCUGCCUGGAGGUCACGGUGGGGGGGCGCCACGUCAGACCCCCAUUCUGUCCGGGACCCCGCCCCAGAGCCCCCAGCCUCAGCACCACACCGACGCAGGGGACGGGGGAGGAAUGGACCUCAUACCUGCCGUUCCCACGGUAACCCCGGAGAUGCUGGACAGUGAUGAGGCGGAGACGCCUUCGCCAGCUGUACCGGCCUGUGGGGUGAACUUCUCGGACCCCGAAGGAUACAUCGACUCUUCCGAUGACCCCCCGCUGCCGGAUGGUACAUCCCUGUACUGCAACUACACCGUCACCGUGUACAUAGGCUACGGAGUGGAGCUGCAGGUAAAGAGUGUGAACCUGACGGAGGGAGAGCAUCUCUCCAUCCAGGGGGAGGAUGAGAGCGGGGGACCGCUGGUGCUGGCCAAUCAGAGCCUGCUGGUGGAGGGUCAGGUGAUCCGCAGCCCCACCAAUGUGCUGUCCGUCUUCUUCCGCUCCACGGGGGAGGGGAGCCUGGGGGUCUUCCAGCUCCACUACCAGAUCUUCAGGCUGAGCUGCGCUCUCCCCAAGAAGCCUCACUUUGGGGAGGUGUCCGUGUUGGACCUGCUGCCUGGGGGGAUCGCUCGCUUCAGCUGCCAUAUGGGUUACCACCUGCAGGGGGCGCCAACACUGGUCUGCGUCAACGCGUCGCUGCCCCAAUGGAGCGGCAGAGAGCCCAGCUGCAGAGCCCUAUGUGGAGGGUCCGUGAAGAAUGCCACGGUGGGGAGGGUCCUCUCCCCGUCCCCCCACCCGGGACCCAACGCCACCCAGGACCGCUCCUGCUCCUGGUCGCUGGAGGCUCCCAGGGGCCAGAGACUGCACCUGCAUCUGGAGAGGCUGGCCCUGGGGCCCACUGACAGGCUGGUGCUUUGGAGCGGUCUGGACGCCGGGUCAGUGGUGCUGUUCGAUUCGGGCCGGGGCAAUCCAAUCCCGUUUGAAGGGGUGAUCAGUGAAGGUCCGGCUGUCAGGGUGCAGUUCAUCACGGACCAGCCCAACCACAGCACCGGCUUCAACGUCCGCUAUGAAGCGUUUGGGCGCGGCCACUGCUACGAGCCGUACCUCCAGAACGGGAACCUGAGCACGUCGGACCCGGCCUACGGCGUGGGGGCGGUGGUGCAGUUCAGCUGUGACCCGGGACACUCCCUGGAGCAGGGCCCGGCCCUCAUCGAGUGUAUCAACUCCAGGGACCCCUACUGGAACGACACGGAGCCCAUCUGCAAAGCGCUGUGUGGGGGCGGGCUGGCCGGCCCGGCCGGGGUCAUCCUGUCUCCUAACUGGCCAGAGUGGUACGGAGAGGGGGAGGACUGCAGCUGGAGGAUCCACGUAGGAGAGGACAAACGGGUGGUGCUCGACGUCCAGCUGCUGAACAUCAGCGACAGUGACAUGCUCACCAUCCUGGAUGGGGACGAGGUCACCACACGCAUCCUGGGCCAGUUCGUGGGCGGCAUCAGCCCCUUCAAGAUGGCCUCCACGACCCCUGACCUCACGGUGACCUUCCACUCUGACCCCGCCGGCCUGGUGUUCGGUAAAGGGGAGGGCUUCAUCAUCAACUACAUGGAGGUGUCCCGUAACGACUCGUGCCCGGACCUGCCUGAGAUCCAGAACGGCUGGAAGACCACGUCUCACGCGGCGCUGGUCCGUGGCGCCCGCAUCACCUACCAGUGUGACCCGGGCUACGACCUGGUGGGCCAGGACACCCUCUGCUGCCAGCUGGACCUCUCCUGGAGCACCCUGCCCCCCUUCUGCGAAAAGAUCAUGUACUGCUCGGACCCGGGCCACGUGGACCACUCCACCAGGUCCCUCUCGGACCCUAAGCUGUUGGUCGGGACCACCAUCCAGUACACCUGCGUCCCCGGCUUCGUCCUGCAGGGCGGCGCCACGCUCACCUGCUACGGCCGGGAGCCAGGCACCCCGGUGUGGACCUCCAAGCUCCCCCACUGUGUCUCCGAGGAGUCCGUUUCCUGUGAGAACCCGGGUCUCCCCGACAGCGGGUACCAGAUCCUGUCCAAGCGGCUGUACCUGCCCGGGGAGUCCCUCACCUUUGUCUGUUACCAAGGUUACGAGCUGAUCGGCGAGGUCGCCAUCAAGUGCAUCCUAGGGAAGCCGUCCUUUUGGAGCGGACCACUUCCACUCUGCAGGGCCACCCAUGACUGCCUUGGCAACCAUGCUUUGGAAGUGGCAGAAGCUCCAGCGAGUUCACGGUUGGACGGGGGCAACAUCGCCCUCACUGUCUUCAUUCUGGUCCUCCUCCUGUCUGCGCUGCUGGGAGGGGCUUAUGUCUACAUCACCAGGUGCCGGUACCCAAGCUCCAACCUCCGGCUGCCUCUGAUCUACCCCAACCCCUACAGACACAUCACUGUGGAGGCAGAGUUUGACAACCCCCUCUAUGAGACUGGAGGCGACACUCGUGAAUAUGAGGUAUCAAUAUGAUAGCCCUGACUACCUAAUUAUCUGAAACAAGAGCCACUACCUGACUCCCCACUUCGACACUCUUCAUCCUCCUCCUCCUCCCCCUCCUCCUCCUCCUCCUCCUCCUCCUCCACCACCUUGGAAUCCUCCCAGGCAGAGCUAAUGUAAAUAACUACACAUGAUGUCCCUGCCUCUGCCAUCAAACAGCCAUCCUCUUCUCUUGUACUUUCAUACGACAACAGCUUAUACUGCAGACAGAGAGGGACCGUGUUGAGGGAAUAGGAGUGGAUGAUAGGACAGGACCGUAAAGGGGGGAAAUAAGAAGUUUACGAAGGAGGAGACGGAACAGAAGAACGGAGACGGAAAAUGAAUGAUGCACUUGUACAAAAUGUGUUGUCCGUUUGCUCAGCUGUUAUUUAACGGUAGGACUGGUAACGUGUAAAUAAACGGCACGACAAAGACGACCCCAACGCACGCAAGAGUGAAUACAAAACGGCAAAUGUGAAAUACUUAGAGAAUAUGAGCUCUGA